GAAGUUCUGUUUUGCUUUAAUCAGUGUGCUCCUCUGCUGUGGCUUAACUAUGGUCGCCGGGGAAUGUCCUUCAAUUUGUCUAGCAGUUUUUAGUCCGGUUUGUGGAGAAGCUCGAGUUGGUGGUCGACCGAUCCAAUGUACCUUUUCCAAUAGUUGUACGAUGGGCGUCAGUUCCUGCACCAAGGGCAUAAAAUGGCGUCAAAUUGGUGAGGGAGAGUGCAGUAGGUCUUCUGCCCGCUGCAACAGUCUUAAAUAAGCCAGUUAUUACCAAAAGUGCUCAUUUUAUAAUAUAAUAAAUUUCUUUAACAAGAAA